GUUAAAGAACAGGUCGCGAAUGUUUAUGAGGAAUUUGCUACAUACUAUCGUCUGGGAUAAUUAUUUAUAUAGGUAGGAAAAGAGACUGACUUAAUAGAGAAUGACAGUACUCCAUGACGCAUUUAAGGGACAACACAACCAGAUGAAAGUCCUGGGCUGCUAUAAACCACAGUAGAGAUACCCCCCUUUCCCUCCCCCUUGGUUUCACAUCAUUGGGUUUCAUUGUGGAGGAGGACGGUAAAACACCUCAGCUGGAUGAGAUGGAGAGGAGACGAGGAGCUCAACGUGAAAAUGAACAGCAGACACGAGCCAAACACCGACUGGACCCAGAUCCCAUAGGCUUUAUUUCCCAGAUUCUCCUGCUGUUUAACCCUGUGACUCCCGUUUUCUACCUGCUGGGCUCCUGUUUGUCCCUGCCUGUCUGGGUGUGCUGAGCGAUGAAGAUCCCUCUGUGGUGCCUGGUGGUGCUGCUGGCGUGUCUCUUCGCCCCUGGACGCAGUGACUGCCAGGGGGAAUGUGUGGCCUGCGGACUGCUCCUCCAGCAGCAGCAACAGCUGCAGCAAGCUUUCAACACCAUGGUGUGUUUGUUGGAGUGCGAGGGUCAUGUCUCCUCCUCUCUCACGUGGGAGGUGUGUAAACGUGCGGUCAAGCUGUCGCACCAUCCUAUGUUUCCUGAGGGAGGCGCUCUGUUCAAGAGAACAGGAGAGGAGCUGGAGCUGACCUCUCUUGACCUGAACUCUGACAGUGAACUGCUGCAGUCUACAGCCUGCAGAGCGUUCCAGGAGGGGGAUCAGGAUGAGACACCACUCGAGCAGCGCAGUGUCCAGUAUGACUCAUCACUGCUGGAAUCCUCUGAGGAAGGAGGGGAGGGCCUGCAGGAUUUGGAUCUCAGUCUGCUGGAUGAAGAGACGAAGCAGAGGGAGGAGAGGAACGUAGAGAGUGACAGCCAGCUAGAGGGGGCUGAGGAUGACAGCUCAGAGGCCAUCGCCUUAUCCAAACGCUUUGGUGGCUUUCAGAGAGGGCGCCAUGGGUACAGGAAGCUCAUUGGCUCACCCGUGAGGCCCUUACAAAAGCGCUACGGUGGGUUCAUAGGUGUCCGGAAAUCUGCCCGCAAAUGGAACAGUCAGAAACGGGUGAACCAGCUGCUCAGGCAGUACCUGGGCAUGAGGAGCAGCCGCAGCGGCAGGUUCAACAACGUCCCUGUGAGCAGGGUCUGGAGGCAAAACAAACUGUAAUGUGUACCUGUUUCUCUCACAGAAUCCCACCCCAGUUACCUCAACCAAUCAAUCAUAUUUUCAGCAGCUCACUCCAGUUUUGAACUGUGACGUCACCAUCAUCAUCAGAAGAACAGACUCCGCCAUCCCGCUGCACCUCUCUUCGUGUCUCUAAGUAACAAGGAAUGUUUUGACUGUGAUGUCCUUCUUAUUAAGAAUAUUUACAUGCCAUUCUGUGAAAUAAAAGAAUUAGAGAAGUGCAAUUGAAUAUAUUUUUGUGUGUUGGUAUAAUAAAAGGGGCCAAAUGAGAUUGGAAAACUGGUUCACUGCAAGGUUUUUCAGACCUGGGGGUGUGACAUUUAAAAUCAUGUUGAAUGCACUUUCUUGCAUGUGUGGAUGGGAUUUUAAUUAUUUUUGCACUCUGUGGUUUGUCUCAUGAGAGCUAUAGCUGAUGUGCAGCUUUCAUGAAAUGGACUGAUGUUGAUAUAUAGGUUUUCCCCUUUUAAAAUGGCAUUUUUGAAAUCUGGGACUAAGUGCUCAGCUUCCCACGUCAGAGCAGGCACAGAUAGUAGAAGCAAAUUGAACGGGGACCAGCACUUUUGAGAUGGUUCAAUCAGAUGUAAAUAUGGUCAGACAGUGGGACUUCUGAAGCGCAAACUGUUAAUUACUGGUGUAAGAAUUACAUUUUUUGCUUAAAGAACUUAAUUAAUUGAACAUAAAGGAUAUAAAAUUGGUUUUUCUGAACUUUCAAACCCCCCAAAAAACUUAUUUCAUUCUGAGUUUUGACACAAAAAAAUGUCUUUUUCCUGUCUAUUGUAUUCUGAUUCUGGCCAUUAAGAGGAAGUUAUCAAUGCAAACCUUGCAAGUGACGAGUUUCUCUUGAGGAAAUGGGCAGCAGGUUGUCAGGCUGCCUUGGGCUCACUUCAGUGGAACAAUACUGUCCUCUAGUGUUUGACAAAAAGACAUGUUGCCCUUGGAUACUGACAUGGGAUUUCAGUUUUGCCAUGUCCUCACUGAUAUUUAAUGUGAAUCUUAGGACUGACUCCCUUUUUCUGCGAUUAGGAUGAAUUUAGAAAUUAACUUAAGAUAACAAAUGUACAAAUAAGCUUAAUUCAUGGCUAAUUCUUCCUUAUCUGUCCAUCACAGUCAAACAGAACAGUAUUACAGUUUCACUUGUUGAAAAUCAGCUUUAUUAAUAUUUUCUUUAGACCUUAGAGUCCCUUUUUUCUUUUGGAUCCUUAAAACUACAACACAAAAACUUUAAAAUAUAUAUUGAUAAAUGUUGGUACAAUUCAUUUCACUAUCACUAUCUAAAAGAACAAAAGCAUUAUGAACUGUAAGAGAAUUAAGUCUGUGCAAAUUUAGAGUGAAACAGAAGUUAGAGCAUUUAUCUUUUGUAAUGUGAUGUAUUUCUGCUUAAAACUAAAUAUAUGGGCAGGGAUUUGUUGCUAGGGGAAUUUAAAUCAAUUUCUUUAGAUGUGAUUGGAUCACUCCAAAAAAGUGGGUGUGGCUUAGCUGAAAUUGGCAAGAGGAUACCGAGCUGUUUUCUCAGUUUUUCCUGAUGAAAUCCAGCCGCACACCUGGCUCUUACUAUGAUAUCACUAUGAUCUGCUAGCACUCACUCGCUAACAGUCAAAUGUGGUUUUAUAAGAUAGUUAUUUUUGUCACUGGGUGAUUGUACUGGGCACAGACAGUAGAUAUAUUUGCACAUCAUAAUAUUUUUGUCCCAUUCCCAAACUCCAAAUACUAAAAUUAAAGAAUAAAACUAUAAUAAACAGAAAUCAGUGGUGAAAAAUAAUAGCAAAAACUGCUCCUCUAAAUUCUGACCUCCCUUCCCCUCAAAUAAUUUUCAUAGAGUCCCUAACAUAGACGCAGCAAUAAUUCAAAGUGUUGCUAAAGCGGAACUCAGGAGUAAGGAGAAACUAAUCCCCAGUCAGUCCUCAGACAUAACUCCACCCGGGGCUUUCUGCAGAGCUGUUCAUGUCACUUUUGUACUUAAGUACCUGAAUCUGGAAACUCCCAGGGUCAUUGGGUGUGUAUUGCACCGUAGGAUGGGAAAGGAGGUCUAAAUGACACCAGCCCUGAAAACCACCAUCUUAAUGUACCAUUUAAAAGCAGGGGAAUAGGAUGAACUGUGCAUGUCAACUAUGGUCAUUAUAAUACAGAAAAGGAUGUUUCUGCUUGGGUGAAAAAAAUAUGGUCAUUUGUUCUGCCAUCAAAAUAUUUUCCUCCACAACCAGGUCACAUCCAUUCUUUUGCAUCUUAAUAGUGUUUACUAGUGUUUGAUUAAGAGAUGUAAUAAUGUAUGUGUAUGAAUGUGUGGGCAAUUGCACAGUGUGUGUGUGUGUGUGUGUGUGACUGUGCACGUGCAUGUGUGUAUGUGUGUGCUUGUGCAGUUCUGUCAAACUCGACACAAAAAAUUGAAUUUGUGAAUACAGUGUACGUUUCCCACCACAUUUCUAACAUUAUACCAUUGUUCUGAGUCUUCAUACAAAAUGUGUAUAGAGAAAACUACAAUAAAAU